UUCCAGAGCUCGACAAAAUGGCUUGCACAGCAGACAGCUGCAUCCAGUUCACGCGUCACGCCAGCGACGUGCUGCUGAACCUCAACCGGCUGCGUAGCCGGGACAUUCUCACGGACGUGGCCAUCCUGGUCAACAGACAGCAGUUCCGCGCUCACAAGACUGUCCUCAUGGCCUGCAGGUGUGUUGACUCCAGGUUCUAGUAUGGGUACCAGUCUGUUUGUGCCAUCAUGUCAGUCCUUGUCAUGCCAAACAGCCCAGUUUGCAUGUUGCUGUUCUGUACAUGGCAAUGAUACUUUAAAGGCCCUUUCCUCCCUCUUGCACCCUCCUGCUCUCUUGCUGUCUCUCUCGAUCUGUCUGUGUGUGUGUGUGUGUGUCGUCGUCCCCCCCCCCCCCCCCCCAAGUGAUCUGCCAAGUCGCAGUUAGUUUGUUACUGUUCUGGGCCCGGUUUCCCGAUCGCGAUUGUAAUUUAGGCUUACUAGUGUUUAAAAAAAAAAAAAAAAGAUUCAUCUUUCCAGCAACGGCCAAAGAUGUUACGUGCGUUUCCCCAAAACACCACGCGGAGAGAACGUUCUCUAAGUGCGUCGUUGAGGCAUGUUGAUAUUGGGAGGAUCGACAGGAAGCAUCUCGGAUCAGAGUUCUCCCUUUCCAGUCUUACCUUAACAUUAGAAUUAUUCCACAACACUGACCACGGAUCAGCUCCUAGAUAUUAUCACCCGUGGCAAAAAAUAUUGAGGCGGCUUAUUCUAAUGCUUACCCUAUAAUAACCCUAUAAUAACCCUAUAAUAAUGCACUAAAUCAAGACUUGGCGCAUAUGAACACACACGCACUUAUUUGCUGCUUCUACUUUAUUUGACUAAUUAUUAUCUAUCCUGAUUAUCUAUCCACUUUACCCUGCCUUCAUGUACAUAUCUACCUCAAAUACCUAGUACCUCUGCACAUUGAUCUUGGACUGAUACUCCCUGUACAGUGAGGGGAAAAAGUAUUUGAUCCCCUGCUGAUUUUGUACGUUUGCCCACUGACAAAGACAUGAUCAGUGUAUAAUUUUAAUGGUAGGUUUAUUUGAACAGUGAGAGACAGAAUAACAACAAAAAAAUACAGAAAAACGCAUGUCAAAAAUGUUAUAAAUUGAUUUGCAUUUUAAUGAGGGAAAUAAGUAUUUGACCUCUCUGCAAAACAUGACUUAGUACUUGGUGGCAAAACCCUUGUUGGCAAUCACAGAGGUCAGACGUUUCUUGUAGUUGGCCACCAGGUUUGCACACAUCUCAGGAGGGAUUUUGUUCCACUCCUCUUUGCAGAUCUUCUCCAAGUCAUUAAGGUUUUGAGGCUGACGUUUGGCAACUCGAACCUUCAGCUCCCUCCACAGAUUUUCUAUGGGAUUAAGGCUAGGCCACUCCAGGACCUUAAUGUGCUUCUUCUUGAACCACUCCUUUGUUGCCUUGGCCGUGUGUUUUGGGUCAUUGUCAUGCUGGAAUACCCCUCCACGACCCAUUUUCAAUGCCCUGGCUGAGGGAAGGAGGUUCUCACCCAAGAUUUGACGGUCCAUCGUCCUUUUGAUGCGGUGAAGUUGUCCUGUCCCCUUAGCAGAAAAACACCCCCAAAGCAUAAUGUUUCCACCUCCAUGUUUGACGGUGGGGAUGCUGUUCUUGGGGUCAUAGGCAGCAUUCCUCCUCCUCCAAACAUGGCGAGUUGAGUUGAUGCCAAAGAGCUCGAUUUUGGUCUCAUCUGACCACAACACUUUCACCCAGUUCUCCUCUGAAUCAUUCAGAUGUUCAUCGGCAAACUUCAGAUGGGCCUAUAUAUGUGCUUUCUUGAGCAGGGGGACCUUGCGGGCGCUGCAGGAUUUCAGUCCUUCACGGCGUAGUGUUUUACCAAUUGUUUUCUUGGUGACUAUGGUCCCAGCUGCCUUGAGAUCAUUGACAAGAUCCUCCAGUGUAGUUCUGGGAUGAUUCCUCACCAUUCUCAUGAUCAUUGCAACUCCACGAGGUGAGAUCUUGCAUGGAGCCCCAGGUCGAGGGAGAUUGACAGUUAUUUGGUGUUUCUUCCAUUUGCGAAUAAUCGCACCAACUGUCAUCUUCUCACCAAGCUGCUUGGCGAUGGUCUUGUAGCCCAUUCCAGCCUUGUGUAGGUCUACAAUCUUGUCCCUGACAUCCUUGGAGAGCUCUUUGGUCUUGGCCAUGGUGGAGAGUUUGGAAUCUGAUUGAUUGAUUGCUUCUGUGGACAGGUGUCUUUUUAUACAGGUAACAAACUGAGAUUAGGAGCACUCCCUUUAAGAGUGUGCUCCUAAUCUCAGCUCGUUUCCUGAAUAAAAGACACCUGGGAGCCAGAAACCUUUCUGAUUGAGAGGGGGUCAUACUUAUUUCCCUCAUUAAAAUGCAAAUCAAUUUAUAACAAUUUUGACAUGCAUUUUUCUGGAUUUUUUUGUUCUUCUUUUGUUCUGUCUCUCACUGUUCAAAUAAACCUACCAUUAAAAGUAUAGACUGAUCAUUUCUUUGUUAGUGGGCAAACGUACAAAAUCAGCAGGGGAUCAAAUACUUUCCUCCCUCACUGUGUAUAGCUCCACAUUGAUCUGGUACUGGUACUCCCUGUAUAUAGCUCCACAUUGAUCUGGUACUGGUACUCCCUGUAUAUAGCUCCACAUUGAUCUGGUACUGAUACUCCCUGUAUAUAGCUCCACAUUGAUCUGGUACUGGUACUUCCCUGUAUAUAGCUCCACAUUGAUCUGGUACUGGUACUUCCUGUAUUAGGGAUGUCCCUGACAAAAAAAAUCUUGGUCGACCGAAAGUCGUCUGUUCUUUCGACCAAUCAACUGGUCUAAUUUUUAAAAUGUGUAUUUUUCAAUAUACAGUUGAAGUCGGAAGUUUACAUACACUUUUAGGUUGGAGUCAUUAAAACUCCACAAGUCUGGUUCAUCCUUGGGGGCAAUUUCCAAACGCCUGAAGGUACCACGUUCAUCUGUACAAACAAUAGUACGCAAGUAUAAACACCAUGGGACCACGCAGCCGUCAUACCGCUCAGGAAGGAGACGCGUUCUGUCUCCUAGAGAUGAAUGUACUUUGGUGUGAAAAGUGCAAAUCAAUCCCAGAACAACAGCAAAGGAGGACCUUGUGAAGAUGCUGGAGGAAACUGUUACAAAAGUAUCUAUAUCCACAGUAAAACAAGUCCUAUAUCGACAUAACCUGAAAGGCCACUCAGCAAGGAAGAACCCACUGCUCCAAAACCGCCAUAAAAAAGCCAGACUACGGUUUGCAACUGCACAUGGGGACAAAGAUCGUACUUUUUGGAGAAAUGUCCUCUGGUCUGAUGAAACAAAAAUAGAACUGUUUGGCCAUAAUGACCAUCAUUAUGUUUGGAGGAAAAAGGGGGUAGCUUGCAAGACGAAGAACACCAUCCCAACCGUGAAGCACGGGGGUGGCAGCAUCAUGCCGUGGGGGUGCUUUGCUGCAGGAGGGACUGGUGCACUUCACAAAAUAGAUGGCAUCAUGACGAAGGAAAAUGAUGUGGAUAUAUUGAAGCAACAUCUCAAGACAUCACUCAGGAAGUUAAAGUUUGGUUGCAAAUGGGUCUUCCAAAUGGACAAUGACCCCAAGCAUACUUCCAAAGUUGUGGCAAAAUGGCUAAAGGGCAACAAAGUCAAGGUAUUGGAGUGGCCAUCACAAAGCCCUGACCUCAAUCCUAUAGAAAAUGUGUGGGCAGAACUGAAAAAGCGUGUGCGAGCAAGGAGGCCUACAAACCUGACUCAGUUAACCAGCUCUGUCAGGAGGAAUGGGCCAAAAUUCACCCAACUUAUUGUGGGAAGCUUGUGGAAGGCUACCCGACACGUUUGACCCAAGUUAAACAAUUUAAAGGCAAUGCUACCAAAUACUAAUUGAGUGUAUGUAAACUUCUGUACGUACCUACAUUCCUACUGAAAUGAAAACAAUUGAAACGCAAAACAAUUUUUUUUAAAAGUUGUACAACUUAUCUUGUCGCUUCUUCCAAGCUUUGGAAAUAAAAUUUCCAACCAGGAUCACUUAUUCUGAAUAGCCAUUCAAGUUUUUCUUCAGUACUACUACAGAAUAGUUCCGUUUCUUUUGUUGUUGCUUUAAAAAAAAAAAAACAGGUUUCUCUUAAAUCAUGAAGUACAGUAAAAUAAAGUGCAGUUCAUUCUUGUUCCUCUAAAUCAGACUCAUCUAAAUCAGACUCUACAUAGGCACCCUUGUUCUGUAGCUCAGCUGGUAGAGAACGGCGCUUGUAACGCCCAGGGUAGUGGGUUCGAUCCCCGGGACCACCCCAUACGUAAAAAUGUAUGCACGCAUGACUGUAAGUCUCUUUUGGAUAAAAGCGUCUGCUAAAUGGCAUAUUAUAUUCCAUAUUAUAAAUCAGACUCUACAUAGCCACUCUUGUUCAUCUACGGCGUUGAAUCUCCCUACUUCUAUAACCAGAGGCAGUAUCCCGGUUCUCAAUACAAGGAUAUUAGAAUUAUUGUUAGGUGAUGGGGUUCUAGAGCAUAGGUGUUUAUUUUUAUUUUUUUGGUUAGAAGUUUUGAGUUGACACAUUUUGUUCUUGGUAGGUAAGGGUUAACUUGUGUUUUUGGUAGGUAAGGGUUAACUUGUGUUCUUGGUAGGUAAGGGUUAACUUGUGUUCUGAUCAUCUUGACAUUGCAUCAUAACUUGUUUUCUAAAUGUGUUGUAGAUCAAAUUGAUUAUGUGUUCCAAGGGGUAAUUGUGUGUUUUUAUUCCAGUUUUAAACCUCUGGCAUGUCGAUCACACGGUUCCAUAACCUAAUCAUUUCAAGCCUCUGCCUUCUUCCCAACCCAUAUCUCAUUGAAUAGCAAGCUUGGGGAAAGGAAACAUCUUAUGGCUCUGUUUUGAAUAGUUAGCUCAAAACGGAGCCCUGUUUUAGAUAAAAUAUUUCAUUAUUAGGUCUAUUCUCCCAAUUUCACACAUUUCCGACAUACAGUGAGGGGAAAAAAGUAUUUGAUCCCCUGCUGAUUUUGUACGUUUGCCCACUGACAAAGAAAUGAUCAGUCUAUCAUUUUAAUGGUAGGUUUAUUUGAACAGUGAGAGACAGAAUAACAACAACAAAAUCCAGAAAAACACAUGUCAAAAAUGUUAUAAAUUGAUUUGAAUUUUAAUGAGGGAAAUAAGUAUUUGACCCCCUCUCAAUCAGAAAGAUUUCUGGUUCCCAAGUGUCUUUUAUACAGAUAACGAGCUGAGAUUAGGAGCACACUCUUAAAGGGAGUGCUCCUAAUCUCAGCUUGUUACCUGUUUAAAAGACACCUGUCCACAGAAGCAAUCAAUCAAUCAGAUUCCAAACUCUCCACCAUGGCCAAGACCAAAGAGCUCUCCAAGGAUGUCAGGGACAAGAUUGUAGACCUACACAAGGCUGGAAUGGGCUACAAGACCAUCGCCAAGCAGCUUGGUGAGAAGGUGACAACAGUUGGUGCGAUUAUUCGCAAAUGGAAGAAACACAAAAUAACUGUCAAUCUCCCUCGGCCUGGGGCUCCAUGCAAGAUCUCACCUUGUGGAGUUGCAAUGAUCAUGAGAACGGUGAGGAAUCAGCCCAGAACUACACAGGAGGAUCUUGUCAAUGAUCUCAAGGCAGCUGGGACCAUAGUCACCAAGAAAACAAUGGUGAAACACACAACUUGGUGAAAGUGUUGUGGUCAGAUGAGACUAAAAUGGAGCUCUUUGGCAUCAACUCAACUCGCCAUGUUUGGAGGAGGAGGAAUGCUGCCUAUGACCCCAAGAACACCAUCCCCACCGUCAAACAUGGAGGUGGAAACCUUAUGCUUUGGGGGUGUUUUUCUGCUAAGGGGACAGGACAACUUAACCGCAUCAAAGGGACGAUGGACGGGGCCAUGUACCAUCAAAUCUUGGUUUGAGAACCUCCUUCCCUCAGCCAGGGCAUUGAAAAUGGGUCGUGGAUGGGUAUUCCAGCAUGACAAUGACCCAAAACACACGGCCAAGGCAACAAAGGAGUGGUUCAAGAAGAAGCACAUUAAGGUCCUGGAGUGGCCUAGCCAGUCUCCAGACCUUAAUCCCAUAGAAAAUCUGUGCAGGGAGCUGAAGGUUCGAGUUGCCAAAUGUCAGCCUCAAAACCUUAAUGACUUGGAGAAGAUCUGCAAAGAGGAGUGGGACAAAAUCCCUCCUGAGAUGUGUGCAAACCUGGUGGCCAACUACAAGAAACGUCUGACCUCUGUGAUUGCCAACAAGGGUUUUGCCACCAAGUACUAAGUCAUGUUUUGCAGAGGGGGUCAAAUACUUAUUUCCCUCAUUAAAAUGCUAAUCAAUUUAUAACAUUUUUGACAUGCGUUUUUCUGGAUUUUUUUGUUGUUAUUCUGUCUCUCACUGUUCAAAUAAACCUACCAUUAAAAUUAUAGACUGAUCAUGUCUUUUGUCAGUGGGCAAACAUACAAAAUCAGCAGGGGAUCAAAUACUUUUUUUCCCCCUCACUGUACAUUUAUAUUUUCCCAAUUGUAUACUUCUCAAGCAGCUCCCUCAUUCCACCACUUGUGCAUACACAUGGUCGUGGCUGUGUGUCAGUUUACAUGCACACUCAAGCAAACGUUCAUAUUGAUAAAUCUCACAUUUUGCGUGGAAAUGAUCUCACACAUGGUUUACGCAAAGAUUCCUUUUGUGAAGGCACUGUGGGUCUAUGUGGUCUAUACUGCAUGUAUGGCACUGUGGGUCUAUGUGGUCUAUACUGCAUGUAUCUGUUAAUACAGUCACCUGGGGUUUCAUUGGAAGCAGAUGUUAAAUAACAAGUGUUUUUCAAGAGCAACUUUUAGGUUUGGUUUUGGGGAAACUGCUCUGAGAUCUAACAAUGCUCCUACCAAGAGUCGAACGAUGAAUGAAGCCUUAAGAUGCUUUUAGGAAACAGCUCUCUCUCUCCCUCUGUCCCCCCCCUCUGUGUCUCUCUCUGACCCCUCUCGCUCUCUGUCCCCCCUCCUCUCGCUCUCUGACCCCUCUCUCACCCCCUCCUCCCUCUGUCCACCCUCCUCUCGCUCUCUGUCCCCCUCGGUCUCUCCCUGUCCUCUCUCUGACCUCUCUCUCACCCCCUCCUCUCUCUGUACCCCUCUGACUUUCUCUCUCUCUCUGUCCCCCCUCCUCUCGCUCUCUGUACCCCUCUGACUUUCUCUCUCUCUCUCUCUCUCUCUCUCUCUCUCUCUCUCUCUCUCUCUCUCUCUCUCUCUGCCUCUCUCUCUCUCUCUGCCUCUCUCUCUCUCUCUCUCUCUCUCUGCUUUGAUCACAGUUUGACUCUUGGCUCCGCUUUGAGCACAGUUUCCAUGUUGCUGUUAUGUACAGUACAUGGUAUUAAAUCCUAGUCCUCUCUCUCCCCCCCCCCCUCCUUCUCUCUCUCUCUCUCCAGUGGGUUGUUCUACACUAUAUUUACUGACUCCCUGAAGUGUAACCUGAAUGCCAUCAGCCUGGACCCCAAGGUAGACCCGGAGGGGUUCGCCAUCCUAUUGGAAUUCAUGUACACCUCUAGACUGACGCUGAAGGAGAGUCUGAUCAUGGCGAUCAUGAACACAGCCACUUACCUACAGAUGGACCACGUUGUAGACACCUGCCACAGAUUCAUCAAAUCCAGGUACAUGGACAGGGGAAUGGAUGUCAAUUUUAAUUGAAAGACUUUUUUUUUAAAUUGAAAAGCGGGAAAAGUGUAGAGGAGGUAAUCCUAAAGAAGAGGGUUUAAAUGUGGUCUGGAGUCGGAGGACUAACCAGAACGCUAGAGUCCGGCACGAUUUAAGAACCGUCUUCUUUGCAAAUUACGACCUGUCAAGAGGCGCGCACAGCAACAAUUAGAAAGUACGGAAUGUAAAAAAAAAUUAACAAUUUAUCACAAAGAAAGUGUUUAUUCUGGUAUCUAGUGUCUGCCGUGUUCAGGUUUCGUUGUCUCACUCUUCCUCCUCCUCACAGCGACCCUGGCCAGGCCAACAAGCUGCCAAGAGAUGAGUUCUUGGUCAGCCCCUUGCUUUUACCUCAGGACGUCCAUGCAUACCGGCACCACGAUGUGGUCGACAACCUGCCCGGUCGGGUCGGCCCCUUCAGAGACGGGAGGCCCUACGGCUCCAGCAUGUUCAACGGGGUCAACUCCCCCAGCAACUACCACCUCUAUGGCCAGUUCCCCGUCCAGGGGUUCCCUUUCCCUCUCUGCAAGCUGACAGACGCCAAAAAUGCGUUCGCUGACUUCUCUAAAGGCGGGAUCCACCACAAGCACUGUUCCCCCCCGGACACGAGCAGCGCCAUGAAGGUCGAGUAUAGCAGGGCGGUGAGCGGGGGCUCGGCCAGUAUUCAUCAUACAGCUGCCAGGGAGGCAGUGGCCAGCUACGUGUCCUCCAGGGAGGAGGAGAUCAGGAAGGAGAUCCACGAGGGAGGGGUCAGCCAGGCUGGUGGGGUGGGAGGCUCCAGGAAGAGAGGGUUCGCUGGGGCGGCCCACGAGCAGCAGAAGGUGGUUCUGGGUAAGGAGCACGGUCCUCAGACAACAGAGGAAGACGUGAACCAGCAGCACUACCCUCUGGGGAUCUCCUCAGCCGGACGGAAGGGCCUGAUAUGCAGCCCUCAGAGCCCGCUGAAAUCCGACUGCCAGCCCAACUCCCCCACCGAGUCCAGCAGCAGUAAGAACGCUGGUCUGUCCCUCUCCCAGGCUGGCCGGUGUGGUGCCCAGCCCCCACAGGGAAGCCAGGACCCCAAGGCACACAACUGGAAGAAGUACAAGUUCAUCGUGCUCAAUCAGAGCGCCACCAAGGAGGAGGACGUUGGGCUACAGGAGCCGCGGCUCCGCUCCCCACAGCGUCUGGGUCCUGCCCCCCUACCCCCACCCCUCCGACUCGGCGCACCUGGACCCGCACGCCAACCCCAAGAUCAGUGAGCACGGAGAGGACCUGCCGGUUCCACAGGCCUCCCGACUCAACAACAUCAACAGGUGAGCCCUACAGUGUUACCGAUCAAUCGAUCACAAAUCCUGAGGUAAAACUAAAGCGGAACUGUGGGCAGUGUGUAGGACUUUACGGCGCAUCUUUUUAAGAUGCCUUUUGUUGCCUCUUUGCAAAUCAAUCAAUCAAAAAUACAUGAAAUGUAAAGGCAGUGAGAUAUCAAUAAAGCUCUCCAGUUUAACUGUUUUUAUUCAUCAAACCCAAUUCACAAGAUUUAAGAGCAAUAUAACAGUGAUAAUUCAGACUACCCUAGUUAACGGCCUUCCACUGGGUCGCCUGCUUGUAGCGUCUCCUCCCCCCCCCCCAUCCAUCCCCAGUCUCUUGCGGCUGUAUUGUUGUUGUGGAGGAAUGAUGUCUGACACGCAGCCGUUUUGUGUCUCCAGAUCUCUGGAUGGAUCACAGAGGAGCGCUGACAGCCACUCCUCUCUCUACAUCGGCCACUUAAAGUGCACCUCCUGUGGCGCUCCUCCCCCGCAGCACUCUGAAGUGUGUCCCAACACCCCGGCCUCCCGUUUAGCGGAGGAGAUGGCAGAGCUGCACUCGGAGUACUCCGACUCCAGCUGUGGUGAGCACAAGCUGCUUUUUUUAAACAUAGGCUUGUGUUCCAAAUGGUUCCCUAUUUAGUGCACUACUUUUGACCAGAGCCCUAUGUGCUAUAUAGAGAAUAUAAGGAAAGUAGUGCACUAUAUAGGGAAUAGGGUGCCAUUUGGGAAGCAGACAUAAACGGUUAAUGGACAGUCCAGCUGCUUAUAAAAUAGUCCUAAUCCACGUGAUAAUUGAUAACUUUUUUUUUUUGUCUAACAGAAAAUGGUACGUUCUUUUGUAACGAAUGCGACUCAAAGUUUGCGGAAGAUGGAGCCCUGAAGCGCCACAUGCUGCAGGUCCACAGUGAUAAGCCAUACAAGUGUGACCGCUGCCAGGCUGCUUUCCGCUACAAGGGUAACCUCGCCAGCCACAAGACCGUCCACACAGGUUCAUACAGGCUUUCAAGACAUCACUGUGAAAGACGUUGUUCUCAAUAACUUUCCUGCAACUGGGAUUAGUUUAUUUGCUUGCAAGCCACAGAUGAACAUUUUGCCAGCUUGCUAAAUCCAUCACAUAAUGUUGAUCAAUGUGUCCCUGUCAAAUAACCCAGAAGUAAUUUCAGUAAAGUUUGGUAGCUAACGGUUUGGUCUAUAUUUUGUUGCAGGAGAGAAGCCGUAUCGCUGCAACAUCUGCGGUGCUCAGUUCAACCGACCAGCUAACCUCAAGACCCAUACUCGCAUCCACUCAGGAGAAAAGCCAUACAAAUGUGAGACGUGCGGCGCUCGAUUCGUGCAGGUGAGCUGA